AAAAGUCGUCCACGGCCUCAGGUUGGUGUGUGAUGGGAGUUCUGUUUGGCCUGGGAGCAGCGGCGGCGGCACCGGCCUCUGCUCGGUCCCGGAUAGCUGUCACCGUUGCCUCUAAAUCUUCCUCCCCCUCUGUCAAACUCCAGUCAUCUUCAACAGAUAUUUCUUCAUACUGAAAGUCAUCGUCACUUUCAGUCGGAACACCCUCGUCUUUUUCUUGCUUUUUGUUAGUUGCGCUCAUGGUUGUCAUUGACAUAUCCAGCGAGAGGAAGUUUGAUGUUGCUAUAGUGACGAAUCGACCGUUCAACGCGAGAUCUCAACAGUUCCCGUUUUGCCCCAUCCCAUCCGUCAUCAAACAAUCAUGGCGGACUACCGAGAGGCGCCCUUGGCCACUCGGCCUAAAACGCUGGACCCAAAUGAGUAUUUCAACCUCUCACCGGAGCAUCGACGGUGCGAAGAGGAGCGGGCAGCACUAAGAGCGAAUCUAAAGAGACAGUAUCAGAUGCAGCUCAACAACCCGCAUAGACAAGAGCUCAUUGAAGACCCUGCCCUGGUACGCUGGGUGCACGCACGCGCCAACCCCCACCUAUACUUCAGGCCCACAUUCAAGACAUCGCUGCUGGGUACACUGUUUGGAGCUGUGCCUCUCAUUGUCCUGUUCUUCGGCUUCAAGGUGGACAGGAAUAGGAAGGAGGAGAAGAUUAAGGCUGGAACCAUCAAGCGCGAAUUCAGUUUGUCAUCAUGAGCUCCGAUGUAUAAAGACCUCAUUUAUGUUCUAGUGAUACCAGUGCUUGUAAUUAUUAUUAUCCAAAUAAAGUGAAAUCGUCAAAAACAA